GUCAAAGUCAUUAAAAUGGGAUGACUGUUAUCAAUAUAGCCUAUCAAGGAUUUAAUUUAAGUUAUAAACAUAUAUUUGUCAGUCGAACUUGGGACUUUCACAAGAAAGGAGUAAUCAGUCUAAUCUGCAAUGGACGAAACAUACUCAUCUUGGACUGGCCUGAUCUACAUUUUCAAUCUCAUUGUUGGCACUGGAGCGCUAACAUUGCCAUCCGCAUUCUUGCACUCAGGCUGGGCUCUCGGAUCUGUGUUGAUGUGUAUCUUAGCAUUUGUGAGCUAUGUAACGGCAACAUUCGUGGUAGAGGCAAUGGCAACAGGCAACGCCCUCAUCAACUUCUCCAAAAUGAAGCAACUCCGGCAGAUUGGGCGCUGUUUGGAUUUGGCCCAACAGUCUGCAAGAAAUCAAACAGAUAGCGAGGAUGAAAGUUGGGGGUCGCCUUCCGAAGAAUCACCUUUAAAUCUUCCAGGGUCAAUUCAGAAUUUUCCGUCCGAGCCUCUUUCAUAUUAUACAAUCGACAAUAAAGUGGAAAUGGGAGAAAUGGCGGGCUUGUUUUUUAGCCAAGGAGGAAGGCUUGCUUUUUUCCUUUGUUUUACGUGUUACCUCUUCGGAGAUUUGUCCAUCUACGCUGCCGCCAUCGGUCAGUCUCUGGUUGAUGCUGUCUGUGUAUCAAAAAAUUUCACCGACCCUGAUGACAAGCUGUGCUGGCCAGAUUACCCUUACACUACCCUCCAAGCUUAUAGGGUUUUUCUGAUUGCAUUUUUGAUGCUGUUUGGGCCGUUUGUUUUCUUCAACGUCCAGAAGACCAAAUACCUGCAGAUUGCCACCAGUCUGACCAGAUGGCUAGCAUUUAGCGUAAUGAUCACCCUGACAGUUCAGAGGCUGCUCAACCCCUCUCUACCGCACAACUCCCCCUCCCCUGCGGUGUUGGGCGGGUUUCCAGCACUGCUCAGCUCGUGCGUGUACGCGUUCAUGUGCCACCACUCGCUGCCUGCACUACUAGCUCCCAUGCGCGACAAGCGAGGGCUACAGCGCAGCCUAGUGGCAGACUACACAAUCGUACUGGCAUUCUACCUUACACUUGCCGUGCCAGCGGUGUUUGCGUUCCCUCACAUCAAUCCACUGUUCUCACUGAACUUCGUGCCAGCUCCCGGGGACUCUGCAGAGCUCCGAGUGGCUGAUUACUUCCUGAUCCUCUUCCCGGUGUUUACUCUGACAGCGAGCUUCCCUGUCAUCUCUGUCACUCUUCGCAACAACUUGCAGUCCACAGUGUCUUCCGGGAGGACCAGGCUGUUGAGGUUUGUGAUACUACCCCUGAUGGCUGUCAUCCCUCCAGUGUUUCUGGCCAUCAGCAUGCCUAACCUUGAGUUCUUGGUUGGUAUCACUGGAUCCUAUGCUGGAGUGGGUAUUCAAUACAUCAUCCCAGCGGCACUAGUGCUUGCGUCACGCAAGAGUAAGCCACGUGAACUUGCAGAGAUGGAAAACCCUUUCACCUCCCCCUUCCGACACCCCGCUUGGGCCAUCCUGGUCAUCGUGUGGGCACUGGUGUGCAUGACCUGCGUCACCGUGCACAUUGUCCGGUCACACCUGCAUUCCUGAGCAACGUGUGGAACAAAGGUGUUAUGUCCAAGCGUGGAGAGGUAACAGAGGUUCUAAGUCCAUGGAUGGAAGGUGCUAACGCUUUUACUCAAAGAAGUCAAUAUAUUUAGGUUUUUGAGGAAUGAAAAGACGUUAUGUCUGAUUUUAUUUUAUUAAAUUAACAAAAGGAGGGAAAUAUCAUCUCUCUGAGUAGUAAAAUCCAAAAUUGACGUCAAUUAUGUGUAAGAAAUGGACUCUAAACAUGUGUAAUGGAGCUAUAUUUUAAUAGAAGCACAGCAAGUUAUGGUUUAAAAUGUUGAACCGUAUCUCUUGAAGGCUUAUGUACUAAUUUUUAACUUCAAAGACUUUUAGGAUCAUAGUAUUUAAGUGAGUUUCAGUGGCAUGUCUUGGAUUUUUGUUAGUGAUAAGUAAUGUGCUGUAACAAUGAAUUUAAAUAUUAGUUUAAUGUAAUUAUUAAUUGUUAUAUGUAUACUUUUAUAGCUAUCGUAAAAAGAUUUUAUAAAGUAGUAUAAGAUCUACUCAGCAUUGGUUUCAGCCAAAGCUUAAAUAAUAGUUAUAAAAUAAUAAUCUGAAACAAUUACAAUUUAUUACAAAUGAUUUAAAUAUCCAUGACAAAUCUUAAAAGUGAGCAUUUUUAUGAUAUGAUUCUCCAUGAAAAUAUUUGUAGUACAAAGUUUGCUUUAUAAAAUCUCUUGAAAUAAAAUGAGCAUAAUAAUUGUUGAAUGUUACUAUUUUGGUGAUUUCUCAAUCCUCCUAAGCAAGUAACUAGUAUAGUUUUAUUUUAUCUGAACUGAAUUGUAGGGCUAUUUUAUACUUUUAUUUGUGUUGUAUUUGUUAUGUAAUUAGCAUGCAUAUAAUAUGUCUUUUAGUGCACUAUGAUAUUUUAUAUUUUUGUAUAAUUUUCCUUUAUUACGUUUCUUAGUUACAUGUAUUUUGUACUACCGCAAUGAUUCUAAAGAUAUGAGAUUGUGUUUAAUUUUUCAUACUAGGUAAAAACUUAGCAAAACCUGACCUUUUACUGUAAAUUUUUGUAUACUGGUAAAUGUAGAAUUUCAAAUUGAUAUAACCUAUACAUGUAGAAUUCAAAUGGGUCUAAUAUUUAUUAUUUGCACACAGCCAGCAGAAUAUUUAACUAAAAAUAACAAAUUAUCAUAUGAGCAUAGUAAUAAUAAUAAUAAUAUUACUUAUGUUAGUACAAAAAAUGUAUAGAAACCAAACACAAUGUUGAUUGUUUUAAAUGGCGAUAUGUUAGUAUAUUAUUGGAUAUGUUAACUAUUUUUUCAUACUACAUAAAUUCAAAUAUAUCUUCUUCCCCGACCAGAAGAAGGGUAGAUGUUAAGUCUGGCUGUAAUUUCAAUAAAAAAAACGGGAAAUGCAUUAUUUGUUAUGAUGAUUCAUUUAUAAAACACGAUACUAUUUUAGUCAUAAUUAAUAUUUUUCUAAAAUUCAAUUUCAAUUCUUAAGGUUUCUAAUGCAAUGAAUUGGGCCUAUUGCUAUUAAAAUUUCAAUCAUUUUUAUGAGAAAUGAUGUCCAACUUUAUUAUAAUCCAUAUUAAUUCAUUGUAAAUUAUUGCAUGAGUGUUUUUUUACACUAAUGUAUUAUUCUUAAUGUAUUUCUAUUUUAAUAUUAUUAAAAAAAUAAAAGAAGCGUAUUAUAAUACUAUGAUUUGGAACGUAUGUAUUAAAAUUACUGAGUAUUUGUUCUA